AUGCCCCGGCUUCUGGCCUCACCGCAUCUCGCCGCUUCUCACGCCGCGUCACCGCGAUUUCCUCCUUCCCGAGUCUUCCAAUCGCGCGCUUCGAAUGCGUCAGGCGGAUGUUUAGGCGGAAAAUGGGCGGAAACUCUUACUCUCCGCCGCGACAAUAGCUCGGGGGGCGACUGGGGAAACCGCGGAAGACAAGGGAGUGCGGAGAGCUAUGCGGGGCGGAGUUGGGGGGAAGGGCGGAGCAGGCGGAGAGGGGUGUGUUGCUCAACGGGGACAGGGGGGAAGGGAUUCGGAGGGGGACAGGGGACUGGGGAAAGCGCAGGCGGGGCGAAAGGGAGCAGUGCAGCCAAGAAGGACGAGAAGAAGCAAGAGAGCGGCGCGUUUGGCGGCUUGGACUGGAGAGAAGUGGCCCGCCCUGCUCCUCCCAUGCUGGAUCUGUCCAAACCACGGGUGUAUUAUUUCGCCCUCGCCAAUGCCUACAGCCUCAUGGACAAGGGCGCGUUGCUAGAGGAGGUGCUAGCAGAUGGCAUCAGGAGAAGCCAAAGAGGUGGUCGCGCGCGUGACGUGUGGAUGGUGAUGGACCCGGCAUUCCUGGACCAUCCCUCGCUGGCAUCACUCAGGGCGGCCAUUCGCCCACCCACCGCUGCUAUCGUCUCCACCAAUGGCGACUGGAUGCUUACCAUUGUGCACGAAAUGCUGCCACAGGCUACCAUCGGCAAGUUCUACGCCCCAACACCACAACUGCCUGACCCGCUCAAGUCCAAGCUCACUCCAGGGGACCUGGUCCUAAACGCCAUAGUAUGCUUUAAAGCCGUCCAUCCCCCCUUCCUCUCUGCGUACCGCUGCCGGAAUUCACGCUUUCCGUUCCUGCCUCAUUCCGUGGUGCUCUGCUGCCACGCUAAUUCUGUGCUCGGCGGCGAGCUAGACUUUUCCGAGGCUUUACACCAGCCAGCCCAGACCAGCUUUGGGUUUCUGCCGCGUAUCGCACAUGGAAGGAGAGUGCUAGUCUACUUGGCAGAUCUGGACCCACUCCGUUAG